AUGCUGAGCGGGUUAUGGGUUGGGGUUGUCGACUGGGGUCAGGCCAGAAGUGGGGUAUGGGCUGGGGUCAGGCCAGAAGUGGGGUAUGGGCUGGGGUCAGGCCAGAAGUGGGGUAUGGGCUGGGGUCAGGCCAGAAGUGGGGUAUGGGCUGGGGUCAGGCCAGAAGUGGGGUAUCGGCUGGGGUCAGGCCAGAAGUGGGGCAUCGGCUGGGGUCAGGCCAGAAGUGGGGUAUCGGCUGGGGUCAGGCCAGAAGUGGGGUAUGGGCUGGGUCAGGCCAGAAGUGGGUAUCGGCUGGGGUCAGGCCAGAAGUGGGGUAUGGGCUGGGGUCAGGCCAGAAGUGGGGUAUCGGCUGGGGUCAGGCCAGAAGUGGGGUAUCGGCUGGGGUCAGGCCAGAAGUGGGGUAUCGGCUGGGGUCAGGCCAGAAGUGGGGUAUGGGCUGGGGUCAGGCCAGAAGAGGCUCAAGGGCGCCGCUGCCGUCAUCCAAUUUGGCUAAGCUCCUCCCAGACUCAGUGUUAUGGAGGCCAGGGUUAUGGAGGGCUGGCCUACCUCAGUAUCAGCAGACACAGUAACAUUUGCAGUGCAGCCGGAAGCAUCAGGAGAUACAUUGCAAAGGCACACUGGGAGGAUACAGUGUAA